AUGACAGGCUACACAGAUGAUAACACCCAUACUAUGCGUAGUUGCAUGUUAUGCCUAAGGCUAAGAAGAAAUCUUACCUCAAAAAGGUAAGAGAAAUGCGUGAAUAUAGACGACAAAAGUUGAGAGAAGAAACGUUCGAGGAACGCGCCAUUAGAUUAUACACUGCUGCUGAGAGAAUGAAGAACGCCAGAGCAAAGGAGACGGAAGAGCAGGCAGCAAUAAGAAGAAUGCAGGAAGCUCAACGUAUGGCCAGGCAUCGUGCUAAAAAGAAGCGUUGCUUAGAUGAAAAUUUAGCAAGAGAAAUUUCAAAGAUUGCUGAACUGUCAAAAAUACCAGAUGCAGCUGCGAUAGCCCAAAUGUCAGAGAUGAAUAUGAACAAGAUUUCAGCUGAAUUGAAACAGAUGAUGGAAAGGGGGAAAGUACCAGAACACAUAGUUCAAAUGGCUCAACUUGCUGAAUUCAGCAAAAUGACUGAAUUGAAUAAAAUGUCUCAGGAUAUGGCUAAGAGAUACGAGAUGGAAAAGAUGGCAGAAUAUGCCAAAACAACAGAGUACAUAAAGAUGCAAGAAAUUGCAAAAAUGUCGGAGAUUGCCAAGAUGAACGAAAUGGUGAAGCUCUCAGAAAUCGCCAAAUACAAUGAUAUCACAAAAAUUAACGAAAUUGCGAAGAUGAACGAAAUGAUGAAAAUGUCGCAAAUGGCGAAAAUUAACGAAGUUCAAAGAAUGAACGAAAUAGCUAAACUCAACGAAAUGGUAAAAAUGACGGAAAUGGCGAAAUAUAAUAACGAUAUAACGAAAUUAAAUGAAAUUGCGCAAAUUAAUGAGAUGGCUAAAGAAAUUGCAAAGAUGAAUGAAAAGACGAAAAUGAACGAGAUGAUCAAAAUGGCAAAUAUGCAAAAUGACAUCACGAAGAUGCCUGAAUAUUCGAAAAUGGCAGAGAUGGCAAAAUUAACAGAAUUGGCUAAAUUAAAUGAAAUAACAAUAACGAAACUAAACGAUCCACCACCACCACCAAAAGUACCAGAAAUUCCACGAAUCCCUGAACCUGUGAUCACUGUGCCAAAUCCAAGAAAUUUGCAAAACGUUCAAACCGUUCAAGUAGCACAGGCUAGCCCGUCUAGUACAAUAAACUUCCCUACUGUGCCUGGUCAGGGUAAAUAUGCUCAGUUACUGGUUAUUAUCGAAGAGCUUGGUAGAGACAUUCGUCUUUCUUAUGCUGGAAGUCGUAGCGCAGCUGAACGCCUGAAGAUGGGAAUUCAGCAUGCUAGAAUUCUUGUAAGAGAAUGUCUAUUGGAAACGGAACACAACGCACGGCAAUGA